ACAGGAAGUAAGUCAUCAUGAUCACUUCAUAAAUUGCAAGAACAGACGAUCAGAUCAGGAGAUCAGGAGGAGAGCCAGAACCAUCAGUUCCGCUCUCUGGAUUGAAGCAGACAUUCAGAAUUCAGCUUAUUUAAUCAUGAUGAGCUCCAAUCAUGUUCAAAUGCCACUCCAGGAGGGUCAGCAGCUACUGCAGCUGCUCUCAGGGAUGUCCGAGGUGGAGCUGUGGAGGGUCCACUGGUGUCUCAGUCAGAACCUCAUCCAGGAGGCUCCUCCAAUCCCUCCCCACUGGCUGUGGGCCGCUGACGCCUGCAGCACGGCUAAGACCAUGAUGAGGUGCUACGAGGAGGAGGGGCUGCUGACGGUGCUGGCUAAAGUCCUGGCCCUGCUGGGCUCCAAGGAUGCAGUCGGCCCUGUCUACCACUCCACCAGUCCACCCAGACCCAGAACAACUUCCAAACUGGAGCUGGACUUUGUAAGAAGUCACCGGAGGAGGCUGAUCAGCAUGGUCCAAAACCCCAACGCCAUCCUGCAGGCUCUUGAGGACCAUCAGAUCCUGACUCCAGCAAACAGGGAGGCAGUCAGCAUCUAUGCACUCCUAAAGGACAAGAACCGGGCUCUGGUGGACCUAGUUCUGCACAAGGGGCCAGAGGCCCAGGAGGCUUUUUGCCAGGCUCUCGGCCAAUCAGAGCAGUUCCUGCUCCAGGAACUGGCAGAUGAACCAAUUAGCAAGAAUUCCCCAGACACGUCAGACUUCCUGUUGGAGUAUCUGUCCUCGGACGAGCUCCAAUGUGUCCAGUGGUUAGCCAAAGAUCACAUGACUGCAGAAAGCCCCUCCCUCAUUGGUUUAAACGCACCGGGGCAUGGGGACCAGCUCGGACCCCAGCAGGCCCAAAACGUUGCCAAGGACAUUGUCCUGAAAAUUGUCCCUUCACUAUGUGCAUUUCUGCAGGAAGAGGAAGGGAUAUCACAGAGUUAUUGUGACUUCAAAGUGAAUACGAUGACAUCACUGGCUGAGAGCACACCUGAAGUCCAGAGCUACGACGGCAUGUUCAGGUUGCAGUGCCAACAGUCCGGAGAGGUCCUCUGCAGUCUGACUGGUCUGAUGUUGGAGGGUUGUGGUGACGUGGUCUACGAGGUGGUUCCCUGGGACGUGGACUACCUGUCCAGCAGAGGCCUGAGGCCCGCUGGACAUCUGUUCAGGUUCAUCCUGCUCUCAGGAAGCUUCCAGAGACUCCACCUGCCGCACUGCCAGCUCAUCUCAGGUCGACACUCUGUGGCUGUAGCUCACAUCACAGGGGACAGUGUGACGCUCGUCCCACCUGUUCAGGUGACAGACAGUCAUGUGACUGUCCACAUCCCGGGUUUCUCCUGCUUCGGUCUGUUGACGUCCACGCAAUCCGAUGAACCAAUCGAAGGCCUCGUUCUGCUUUUCUCCUGCCCCACCACUUCCUCCAUCUUUGUGCUGCUGCUGCCCAGGAACGUCUGCCUCACACAGGUGAGGAAGGAGUUGAGACGACGAACCAAAGUGGAGUACGUGGAGGUCAUACCUGACUGUGAACUCAUCCCAAACCAGACGUACAAACUGACGGGACAACCGGCCACCGUCAUCCAACCAGCGACUUCAAAGUUCAUCAACUUCGCAGACUACAACAACUUCCUGCCAUCGUUCCAGAUUCAGCUGCCGGCCGAGGUCACCAUGGUGAAACUACAGCUCUGGAGACAUGUGACUCCCCCCCGUCUGAUCGGCUGGCUGUUCGGCCCUGUAGAUAAUGAGGUUUGGACCCAAGUCGUCCUUUUGAAUGGUUCUGUCUGUGCAGGGUCUACUUCAGAGUGUGAGACGAAGGAUGUGACUUUGCAGCUUUUCCAGAUCCUGAACCGUCUCACUUCAGACGAGCUGAAGGACUUCCAGCACUUCCUGACUGUUCAAACCAACCCCAUCCCUGUGGGCCACUUGGAGUCCGCGAGCAGAACCAGAACCGUGACCCUGAUGGUCCAGCAGUACCACGCCGAGGGGGCCCGGGUUCUCACUGAGGAAAUCCUGAGGAAGAUGAACCAGAAUCAGCUGGCCGAUGACCUGUCCAGGACCUGAUCAGUCUGCUCAUUUCAACUUUUUACUAUAACUUUUACAUAUAAAAUAUAUAUACAUAUAGAUAUAUAUAUACAAACCUUUAUAACUUUUUACUUUUUGUUACAGACUGAAAUUAUAUAUACGAAGUAAAUUGAAGUAAUGUUUAAUAAAUCCACGUUUUUAUUGUGUAAAUAAAAAUAAAAGAAG